UCCCAAGAGGAGUGUGUCCAACACACUUAUAUUCUUCACCAAAAUAAAAAAACUAACUUCUUUCCCACACACAUCUUCUUCCUUAUUUUAUUUUUAGUCUCUCAAUCUCAACAUCUCUCUCCCAUGGCCUCCAACCAAUCAAAAUUUAGUGGUGGUGAUCUUGAGCAACAAACACCCCAACUAGAUCUCGAAACCAAAGAUUUCGACUACUCCAAACGCUCUCAAUGGCUGCGAGCCGCCGUUCUGGGUGCGAACGACGGCCUAGUCUCAACCGCAUCACUAAUGAUGGGAAUUGGAGCAGUCAAACAAGACAUUAAAGUCAUGAUUCUCACGGGCUUCGCGGGCCUAGUAGCCGGAGCCUGCAGCAUGGCUAUUGGUGAGUUCGUCUCUGUUUAUUCGCAGCUCGAUAUUGAGCUUGCUCAAAUCAAAAGAGAGAAAAUGAAGAAAGAGAACAGUGCAGUUGUUGUUGCAACAACUGCACUGGAUGAUGAUGAGAAAGAUGAUUUGCCAAAUCCGUUGCAAGCAGCGGCAGCUUCAGCUCUCGCGUUCUCAGUGGGAGCUAUAGUGCCGCUGCUUGCAGCAUCCUUUAUAAAGGAUUAUAGAGUAAGACUGUGGGCCGUGGUGGCGGCAGUUAGCUUGGCUUUGGCGGUUUUCGGUUGGUUGGGAGCCGUUUUAGGAAAGGCUCCGACAGUUAAGUCGGCAGCUAGGGUUUUGGUCGGAGGUUGGCUGGCCAUGGCUAUCACUUUUGGGUUAACCAAGUUGAUUGGUUCGAGUGGGCUAUAGAUGGUUUUUGGCAACUAAAUAUCACUAUUCACUACUAUUAUAGUACCAGUGAUCAUCAACAUCACUAGCUUUUCAACUAAUUACAACUUGACACGUGUCACACAAAUUUUGUUCUUAGUUGAGAGGGAUUGCAUAUAUAUUUAUAAUUAUAAUUGGUCCAUCCAACUUAAACCCAUGUUUAUUAGUGAUUCUCUUUUUGGACCACUGCACUAUUUAUUAUAUAUAAUUUCCUUUUUAUUUUGUUUACUUGUGUUUUGCUUUUUUUUUUUUUUUUUGGAUAAAUGAUAUAAUAUACUAUAUGUAUCUAUUUGUAACUUUCAUUCAAAAAGAUGAGAAAGGGAAAGACGAUAUCAUGUAUGUUGAUGCGUUUUUUGCCUUAAUAAUUUUUGUAAUAUAUAUUUCUUUCGUGUAAUAUCAAGCUUUAUAUGAACUUUAAUAA